GAACACAAGUCUAACACAAUGGCCGUCACGUUGUUAUGACAAGAGAUACGUCAGAUUUGUAGUGUUCCUCGAAGCGGCCUGGACCGGCAAUUAUCGUGUCGUUUCACGAUAAUUAUCAAGGAUCGUUUUUUAAUUACUUUAUGCACACGCAGACAAUAAAAAUGCCGGUCCAGAAGGAUUCGAACAUCGUAAAGAUCGCGGUGGAAAUGACCAACCAAAUGCCACAGCUCAUUGAAUUUAAUCAAAAUCACCCGCUUACAGGAAUUAUUCAGGAUCUGUGCAAUGGGUGGGGUCUUUCUGAUCCUGAAUCGUAUUCGUUACAAUUCUCGGAAAAUAACAAUCAAAAUUAUAUCACAGAGAAGAAUCGGAACGAAGUGAAAAAUGGCAGUAUCCUGAGAUUAGAGUUUUCCCCGUCGAAAACAGCCUGUGAUAUUUUAACCAAACUGAACAAUGGGACUACAGAAGAGAAAACUGCCGUUUUGCAAAAAUUAAGCAACCUCAGCACAGAUAUGACGUUCGCGCUAGAAUUCAUUAAUAAGCAAGGAUUGGCUCUAAUUAUUUCUCAGGUCGAGAGUGAAAAGUACAAAGGAAACGCACUUGCGUAUUCGCUUCAAUCUUUCGUGGAACUGAUGGACCACGGAAUUGUUUCAUGGGACAUAUUGGAGACACCGUUCAUUAAUAAAGUGGCAAGCUACGUGAACAAUCAAGCCGUAACCCAGGACACUAAUAUUAUUGAAGCUUCGCUUAGUAUUCUUGAAAAUAUAGUGUUGAAUUCCUCGGGGAAAUAUGGACAAGUUGAGAAAGAAGUAACAUUUCCUAAUUUGGUGAUGCAUUUACAAAGUGCAUGCCCGCAGAUACAACAAAACGCGAUAGCUCUAAUAAAUGCUUUGCUUCUUAAGGCUGAUUUAUCUAAACGAAGAGCAGUUGCAGCAACUCUCCAAUCCAAACAAGUUAGAAAUGUAUUCUUGACGAACAUUAUACAAUCCACUGGUCAAGUUGGUGCGGAAAUGGCACAUCAAUUAUACAUACUGCAAACGCUCAUGUUGAGCCUGUGGGAGCAGAGAAUGAUGACGAAAAUGGACCCGCAAGAUCAAGACGCGCAUGACAAGAUUAAAGAACUUCGAAAAAUUGCUUUUGACACUGAAGGAGCUGUGAGCGGAGAUGUCACCGCUAGGAAACAAGGCCUCUUCGCCAAAGACUAUAAAAAAUUAGGCUUUAAAUACGACAUCAAUCCAGCCCUCGAUUUUACUGAAACACCGCCCGGCAUGCUCGCUUUAGAUUGCAUGGUUUACUUCGCGCGCAAUCACACCGAGGCUUAUACCAAAGUCGUGCUGGAAAACUCUUGUAGAGCGGAUGAACACGAGUGUCCCUUCGGUAGAACCAGCGUGGAACUCGUCAAAUUACUUUGCGAAGUAUUACGUAUUGGAGAAGCGCCUAGUGAACAAGGCCAAUCGUAUCAUCCUAUGUUUUUUACGCACGAUCAUCCGUUCGAAGAAUUCUACUGCGUAUGCAUAGUUCUUUUAAAUAAGACUUGGAAAGAGAUGAGAGCCACUACUGAAGAUUUCGUGAAAGUGUUCUCCGUCGUGCGAGAACAGAUAACUAGGGCACUUCAGUGUAAACCUACGGGAUUGGAUAUGUUCAAAAAUAAAUUGCAACAAUUGACGUAUUCAACGAUCACCAGUUUGUGGCAGCAAGAGAGAACCAGCAGAGAAGAAUGGGAAAGCCAUGCCAGGCCGAUCGUUGAACUUAGAGAACAAAUCACGCCGGAGAUUUUAGAUCUUAUUCAACAGCAACGCUUAGGAUUUUUAGUAGAAGGCACUAGAUUCAUGAAGUACAGCACUAGAGGACAGAGAAUCAAGGAUAAAUUUUGGUAUGUUAGGCUCUCACCUAAUCACAAAGUAUUUCAUUACGGUGACUGUGACGAGAAGUCGGUACCGACGAUAGACGAACUGCCAACGAAACUAGCAGUCCUCGAAAUUCGCGCUUUGCUAACCGGCAGAGACUGUCCUCAUAUGAAAGAUUUGCAAAGACGAAAGACGACGCAUCAAUUAGCGUUCUCCUUAAUUUUAGAUUCUGUCGAAGUAUCGAGUUUAGACUUCGUUGCACCCGAUGAACAAGUCUUUGAUUAUUGGACUGAUGGUAUCAAUGCUCUGCUCGGCAAUAGAAUGGCUAGUAAAGAAGCAGAAAACGACUUGGAGACAUUGCUGUCCAUGGACAUUAAAUUAAGACUUUUAGAUACAGAAGGAAUUGAUAUCCCGCAAGAUCCGCCUGCCAUCCCUGACCCUCCGCCGAAUUACGAUUUUUGCUACGAGCUGAAGUAAGAAUUUCAUUCCGUAUUUAAUAAUUAUCACGGCAAUUUUAUUAAUCGACGACACUUGGACAUGUAUCAAGGUGAGAACAUAGUCUUAUUUAAAGCUUUUUAUAAAACGAGGUCGUUUUUUAGCAGUACCAAAGAUACAUUUUAUAUUUUACAUAUAAAAAUUAUAUAUAACAUUUUAGAAAUAAUUUAUAUAUACAUGUAUCAAUUUUUAACAUUUGCAUAAUAACGUACACAUUUUUAAUCUAACAAUCAUGUAAGGAAUAAAAAUAUUACGUACGAUACCCUUAAUGAUUCUU